UUUGUGAAUUUACUUGCGUGGUGGGAAUUUGUGAACCAUUUAUUUAUUCAUUUAUUUUUAUUGAGUUUCUCUGCUGGUUGGAUUGUGAAAAGUGUAGUGCGUGUGGUUCUACAAGUGCCGUUUUGAGUUGUAUUUGAUUAUUGCAUUUCUUUCCUAGUGUCUGUUGCAAUGCGGAUCUGUUACGAUUUUCACCAUAUUCUAUCUUCAGUGAAAUUACUUUUGUGCGAGAUACAGUGCCUAGUUUUAUGGUGUUAUGUGUGUGCUAUUUCUUCAAUGUAUUCUUACGACGUGAAUUAUGCUGAAGCGAUUUUUUUUUAAAUGACUUAUGACUUACACAUUGGAUUACUAGUGUUUCAUGAUGUGGUUUGUAUGGUCCUGCUUCAGAACCAUGGCGACCCUUCACUUCCCUCAGGCUCGAGUGUUUGCAAUGAUCCUCAUGUGUCUGGCUCCCUCUCUCGCCGCCUUCGGGGAACAGAAGUCCUCUGACGGGCCUGCAGGAUGCGCGCCCUUGCUAGCAGCGACUCGUGAUGCCAGGGCGGCCCACAAGGAACUCUCCAGCCUCCUUCAGGUUACCACGAAGGACUCCUCCGUCGACGCCAAGAAGCUGAACAGGACCUUGUUCUUCGCGAGCAAGCGGUGGGUCGGCAGACUGAGGGUGCAGAUCCGGCGCGCCCUUCGAGAGUGCAGUCUUCCCGAGGGUCUCCUGACGGCCUACCUACGAGGAGGAGGGGCGGGAGAGGAGGAGGAGGAAGGGAGAGGAGAGAGAAGAGAGAAUGAAGUGGGAAUAGGAAGCGGGGGAGAAUGGAAGCUCCAGGUUCUCUCACAGAACCCCGAUAAGGCACACAAGCGAGAGACUGACCCCGAGGAGAGGGCAUUAGAGCGGGAGAGGGGGAGGGAUGCAGCGUCAGAGGCCCGGAGAGAGAUGUUGACGAUGGCUUCCAACUACAGAGGUCGUGGCGUUUCGGAGAGAUCGCUGGCGAAGCUCUUGGCGAAAAUUCUGGCACUCGAGACGACGCUGGAGGAACAACUUGGAGGAGGAGAUAGUCGAGAACCUGCCUUCGAGGACGACCCGCGGCCACGACUCGAAAUAGACGAAGUGGAGUUCCUUCACGAAGUUCCCAGGACCUUCCUAAGUCUGGCUCUCGGGUCCUCCCUUAUACAGCAUCAGUGGAAGAAGUUUCAUACCAAGUACGUGUUAGUGAGAAGAUCUGAAUCCCUUUAUUUAGGUGUGUGA